GAUCCUCGCAUUGAAUCUAUAUUGGGCUUUACAAGUCACUCAAUAUAUAUAAAACGAUGGGUAAACGUACCAAAAAGACCCCCAAACACAAGCGAAAGCUUCCCAAGUCUGAAAGGCCUCGUGUGUUAACCAAAAAGGGAAAGUUAAAGCAUAAAAAAGGCGACUUGCGAAUGAUUAACUCUCGUGAUGUUAGCUUUGAAGUGAGGCAGAAGAAGGGCGGACGGUGGGUACAAACAGGGGGUCGGAAGUGUAAUAUUCACACCGUGUGCGACUGUGUGCUGCGGACAGACCCUAGUCGAAUGCGUUAUAUCACGAACCGGUAAACGAUAAAUGAGCAAAAACGAAGGACAUUGUGGAAAUGGGAACCCACAAGUCUAUCAAUCACUCUUGCUUGAAGUGUUUGCGUUAGUAAUACAAACGUCACAUUAAUCUCGAUGCGUCUUUUAUUGUAUUUUUUAGAGGAAGAGGAAAA